UUCUGGUUUUAUUCACAAUUGUACAGUGUCCCAACUUUUUUGGACUCAGGUUUGUACAUGAAGUUGUUUAGAGCAUUUGAUUCAACACUAUGGUGGCCCACGGGUGCAAAACACAACAACAUUAGCGAACAAAAGUUGAAAACAACAUUAGCAAACAAAAGUGGAAAACACAACAUAAAAUAAAGAAACAACAAUAUUAGCGAUGCAAACGAAAGUUGAAAACACUACAACAUUAACAAAAAUGAAACCAUUUAUAAAAACUCUGCAUUUCAGAAAACAAUCAACUACUCACAACACCACAACAUCGUGACAACACAAUAGCAUUAACUCACAACACAACAACAUUGGCUCACACCACAACAGCAUUAGCCCAAAACAUAGCAGUAUUUGCAGAAACUCUGCAUUUCAAGUUGUUCAAAACGGAAGUGCUCCAGACCACUAGGGGCAGUGCAAGGGGAUGUUUCGGGGUGUUUUAUCUUAAGUCGAAAAAUCCAUUGAAGUCACUCAACGUAAGAUUAUAUUAAAUUAGAAUUAAAAAAAAUUUACAUUCGUGAAUUUAAAUCGCAUUCUUUUUGGUUGGGAUUAUUUCAAAUAGGCCUUAUGUACAUUCCAUGACCGAACGUUCCACGACCACUUCCUGCCGGUAUGCCAGUUUCCGGUCCCGCAUAUUACAAACCAGUAGAAAUAAAAUUGCUAGCGCUAUGUCCGGCUUUGUCGCAGUGUUUUUACAAGGUGUCUCCAGGACUUUCCUAAACUUAACAUGAUGAUGUACAUCGAAUAGUUAUAUCCGCCUCAGAGACUCCAGCUAGCAAGAAGGUAACUUUGAAGGUAAGUGCCAACUCAAUGACAGAUUUGCAAUCACAUAUUCAACUACUUCGCUACCCAGCGAAUGUAACAUUUACGUUAGCUAGUUCAUGUUAACUAUCUUACAGGGAAUCUGGCUGAAAAUUAUUGUAUUUGUGUUAGCCUGCAAUGUAAUUAUGCUAGCAAGCUAUAAUGCAUAACAAUACGUUUUAUUUCAUAUAUUCUGCACAGUAUCUAACAAAUAUACACUAACAGGGAAGGCUGCCUGUUGCAGGUCCCUGAGGAAGAGCGUAAAGCCGCACAGCAUGCGAGUUGGGAGAUAUGAUAGAUAUUAGCAACAUUGCUAAGAACCUAUUCUGUAGGACCCUGUAAUUCUGGUCAACAUAUGUAGUAGACAGUGUUUACAUUUAAUCUUAAUCACUAGAUUAUCAUAUCACUCUGAAGUAUACAUAACUGAGGGUUGUUGAACAAGGAACAAAACCUUUAACCUGCUCCAGUUGUCUUUAUGGCCUACCUUGAGGGCCUGAGUUCAGUCCUAACCUGGAUACGUUUUGGUAAAUUACAUUUUCUUUUCUUUUCUGCACUUUAUAAAAAUGUUCUUCACUUCAUAUAUGUUAAAGCACUCUGUAUUUGUCAUAGUGGUUCAAAUCCACUGCUCCUGAAUUGCAGGAAGUGCUAUGUGCAACCACCUUGUUGGUCAGCUUUACAAGAUGGCACACUUCUCAAUAAUUAACACUCUUGCUGCACCACCUGUUCACCGCUGCACAGAGACAGAACAACAUUGGCACAUGCCAGUGCCCAAAACAAUACACACACAUUAGUUAUCCUAUGUAAUAGUAAGUCUGUUGCAAAAGAUUGUUACUCCUUGUUCUUUAGGGUGUAGCCUGGUCGGGUUGAUAGCAUGGCGGUUCGGAAACCAAUUAACUUGGGUGCUGAUGGAAUAAUGUAAGGUUAGAGGCACGUCAAAUUAAUGUUUUAGAAAUGUGAUAUUUGGAGUUUGUAAAUCUGUAUGUUAUUAUCCAUGUUAUUUUAUGUUCACUGAGCUUUUACAUCUUUAAGCCAUCAAUUAUGACAAAAAAAGCUUAAAAUGUUUUGCAGGAGUUCCCUCUAAAAAAGCUCUCCACAAGACUAAUGGCUGACAUCGACCUUCUCCAUGUCUCAGAAACAUGCUAACUUUACUCCACUUACCACCCCUCAUGUGACAACCGUGGACAUCUUCACGUUUCCCAGAGGUUUGCCAUGUACCAGGGGAGACAUCCACUGACCACCUAGCGGAACGGGUGUUCAAGGGAUCUGGAGAACCAGGAGGAGAGCAUAGGAGGCCCUUGGAAACAAUGUUACAUACAACUGGAUUCUGUAUUGAGCGGAAGCCAAGUUCAUUGCCAUUCGCUGGAACAGGAGUCUUUGUUACCAGGGGCUUUGUGCCUAAAAGAACUACAGUGGCAAUGUACCCAGGUACCAUCUAUCAGGCAUUUGAGCCCAUUCUCUUCCAGUCCAUUUGGAACGCUUUUGUAUUUCGUUGCAUAGAUUCCGUUCUGAUUGAUGGAAAUGACAGAGGUAUCUCCAAAAUGAUAUACAGGUCGUGCAGUGGAAGAGACAGACUUGGUCCAUUUGCAUUAAGUGAUGCCACUUGGUUAACAGUCAGUACGAAAAAUCCACUUGCAGUGGGUCAAUAUGUGAACAACUCCACAAACGACAGGACUGCAAAUGUGUACUAUCAGGAGUAUGAUGUUCCAAAAGAAUUUCCUCUAGAACUUCGCCAGUAUCUGCCCAAUGUGAACUACAGACAUGACACACAAAGGCCUUUACGAUGUGUGGUCCUUGUUGCAUUAAGAGACAUCCAUCCAGGGGAGGAACUCUUCUCAAACUACUUCACCAUUGUGAAUUAGAUCAACUGCAGCCUAUACCACAAGACAUUUAAAUGUUUUUGUUAAUAUAUUUUUGAGCAUUUUAUGCUGUUUUUGAUAGAAAAAGUUUUUAAAAACUCAGCCAUCCUGCAAGGGUAUGUGCUGCAGCUGCAAAGACUGUUAGACCACCCAAGGCAACAAUUGUGACAUUGGUUGGACCUAGUCUUGCAUCACAUCUGUGUUGUUUCGGUUGUCUUUAAAGUCAGAAACUCAGCUUGUUUAUACAGUUUUGCUUUUCUCAACCCUGACCACUUUAGUAUCUAUUAGCUACUAAUUUUAAUAAAAAAGAUACAUCUCCCUGAAAUGGAAAUCAGCGGUUAAAUCAGUGUUGUCCCAGCUGGUUACUACACAAAGCUGAGGGAUGGGCCUGGAGAAAAUUAACCAUUCUGAAAUUCAGUUCAUGCUUUCACAUAGCUCAUGUUUCUGCCAGGGUUGUGGGACCAGUGUGUCACUCUGUAUAAGACCAUUUGCUAAUGACUUAAAUGUUAAUAUUGAAAUUAUAGUUUUAACCACUUCCUGAGUUCAGCUGGCAUGCCUGUUUAAACAAUGGAGUAGAGUUCUGCUUGGGUACAACAGUUUAUCAUUAAUCAAUAUAAAGGUAUAGGUCCAAAGAUGGAUUCAGUAAACCUAUAGUAUGUAAUACAUCGAUUAAAAUACCACCAUGUUGUAGACAUAUAUUGUAAAAAUGUAUAUUUAAUGACUGCAUACUGCAAGUGUUUAGUCAACAACUUUCACUAAAACCACUGCAAAGAAUUUCCUUGCAUCCUUAUGUUGGGUAUGUUAUAUGGCUGAAAAGGACCCACCACAGAACUGUAAAAUAUUCCAAAAGUCUGAGUGACUAAAAAGCUAAAGCAACAGAUUGUAGGGAAAGGUCUAGAGUGAGGUGAAGUCUUGGGAUGCAACUGCGAUAGUUUAAACAAAUGUGGUUUUCAUAUGUACAAACCAGAUUCUAAAAAAGUUGGGACACUGUACAAAUUGUGAGUAAAAAAGGAAUGGAAUAAUUUUCUAAUCUCAUAAACAUACUUAAUUCACAAUAGAAUAUUGAAAGUGAGACAUUUUGUAAUGUCAUGCCAAAUAUUGGCUCAUUUUGGAUUUCAUU